AUGUCAUUCCUGCGUGGCUCGCUGAACUAUGUUUGGUGUACAACCAGCGUGCUGGGCAAAGGCGCCACCGGAUCUGUGUUUCAGGGAGUGAAUAAGACAACUGGCGAAUCCGUUGCCGUUAAAACUUUCAAUCCGUACAGUCACAUGCGCCCCGCCGAUGUGCAGAUGCGCGAGUUCGAAGCCUUGAAAAAAGUAAACCAUGAAAACAUUGUCAAAUUGCUGGCCAUUGAGGAGGAUCAAGAGGGACGCGGAAAGGUUAUAGUUAUGGAGUUGUGUACUGGCGGCAGUCUAUUCAAUAUACUUGAUGAUCCCGAGAACUCGUACGGCCUUCCGGAGCAAGAAUUCCUACUGGUGCUGGAGCAUCUAUGCGCUGGAAUGAAACAUUUGCGAGACAAUAAGUUGGUGCAUCGGGACCUCAAGCCCGGCAACAUCAUGAAAUUCAUAUCUGAAGAUGGUCAAACCAUAUAUAAGCUGACCGAUUUUGGUGCUGCACGUGAACUCGAAGACAAUCAGCCGUUCGCUUCGCUCUAUGGUACUGAGGAAUAUCUGCAUCCCGAUCUGUAUGAACGCGCGGUGCUGCGCAAGUCCAUACAAAGAUCAUUUACUGCCAAUGUGGAUCUGUGGUCCAUUGGGGUGACGCUCUACCAUGUUGCUACUGGGAAUUUGCCUUUCAGACCAUUCGGGGGUCGUAAGAACCGCGAGACAAUGCACCAAAUAACCACGAAAAAGGCCUCUGGCGUCAUAUCUGGCACACAGUUGGCCGAAAAUGGACCUAUUGAGUGGUCAACGACGCUGCCGCCCCAUGCACAUUUAUCGCAAGGUCUCAAGACGCUCGUCACGCCUUUGCUGGCUGGUUUGUUGGAGGAGAAUCGGGAGAAGACCUGGUCCUUUGAUCGAUUCUUCCAGGAAGUAACUCUGAUAUUGCGCAAGCGUGUCAUCCACGUCUUUUUUACAAAUCGCACCAGCUCGGUAGAAGUGUUCCUGGAGCCAGAUGAACAGAUUGACAACUUUCGCGAGCGCAUAUUCCUGCAGACCGAGGUGCCACUGGAAAAACAAAUAUUGCUCUUUAAUAACGAGCACCUUGAAAAGAAAGUGUCACGACGGACCAUCGCCAAAGCGUUUCCCAAGACAACUACGGAGCAGCCCAUUUUCCUUUACAGCAACGAUGAUAACAAUGUUCAAUUGCCACAUCAAUUGGAAUUGCCCAAGUUCCCAGUGUUUCCGCCAAAUGUAUCCGUUGAAAAUGAUGCGAGUCUGGCUAAGGCUGCUUGCAGUGUGGGCCAUGAAUGCAAACGACGCGUAGAUAUCUUCACCACCAUGGAUAUCCUAAUCAAAAGGGGAGUUGAACAAUUUAUCGAGAUGCUUAUAACCACCAUUACAUUGUUGUUGAAAAAAACCGAAAGCUUUGACAAUCUGCUAUCGACUGUAGUUGACUACGCAGAUGUGGUGCACAUCAUGGCAAGUGUGACAAAAGGCGACCAGGAGCUAAAGACUCUUCUCGGUUCCCUGGACAAUGUAAAGAGUGAAUUUGAUGGAGCAGCCGAUGUUAUCACGCAGAUGCACAAGCAUUUUGUUACCGACGACGAACUGAACGAUCAGUGGUCGUCUCUGAUGCAUGGAAAGAAAUGUCCUUGCCGCACUCGAGCUAGCGCACAGGCAAAGUACUUGGUAGAGCGUCUGCGCGACUCUUGGCAGCAUUUGCUGCGUGAUCGUGCAACACGCACUUUAACUUACAACGACGAACAAUUCCACGCGCUAGAGAAAAUCAAAGUAGACCACAAUGGAAAACGUAUUAAGCAGCUGCUGCUGGAUAACGUGAAUCCUGCUGUAGCGCAAAUGGCCGAAUGCUUGGCUGACUGGUAUAAACUGGCGCAAACGGUGUAUCUGAAAACUCAGAUUUUGGAGAAGGACGUGCGCGACUGCGAGCGCAAGUUGCAUAGUAUUCGCGAUGAGCUCUACCACAUCAAAUCUGAGCAGAAGCUUGCCCUAGACACUAAGAAUAUUAACAGCAAUAACCAAUUGGCCAAAAUUAAGGAACGCAAUCGUCUGCACAUGAUGAAGCAGCAGCAAUUAGAAGUGAUGGCCGCGAUGAGAAAGAAUAACGAGCUUAUAGCUUUGCUAAGUAAUUUAGGAAUUUCAAACGGCAACUUGCCUUAG